AUGGAGUUCAAUAAUCCCAGAGGAAGGACUGGCUUUGAUUUACACGAAACCAAGUUACCAACGUACUGGAAUACUCCUUUUUCUAAGAUCUGCCUUGGCAUGAGGAACGAUGACCAGUUAAAUUUUAUCGUUAUUAAAACGGGCGCCGAUUCUUUGUACGCACUGAUCGCUGACGGGCAUUACCGCCCCACGUCAAUUGGUCGUGACAAGUGGAAAUCCUUGAUUGGUCCAACGGCCUCCUUACAGCAGAACUGUAACAUGGAGGGGUUUAAUGCUGUGGUAAACAAGGGUGGUUCCAAAGCAAGAGUUGGCAUAAUCAACAACAAUGAAAACGAUUGCAACAGCUGUAAUUCCAGAAUUGGCUUUGGUACAGGUGGACAUGACGACGACUCGAACACGAGUGGAAACGAGGCAAUGAAUCACGAAUCGUCAGAUAAUGGAGGCAAACACAUCAAAACCAUGGGAUACAUUUUAGUACAGUGA